AUGAUUAUGGAAUAUUUUGAAGCGCAAGGUAAUAAGCUUAAACCUUGUAGUAUGGAAGUUGAUGAGAUUGUGGAUGAGAUAGCUACGGUAGGACUCAUACCAGAUUCCGACAAACUCCUGGUGACCCAGAUGGUUAUUGACUACUUGCUGGAGGAGAUUCGGCCUGCUCCGAAUGACGAAUUCCGUCGAGUGAAGGACGCAAAAGGCAAAUUGCGGCGGCACAUAAGUGAUCUCGCCGCUGCAGCAAGGUAUGAGGUGCUGUCGUCAGGUGUUGUUCCGGAAGAUAUAAGUACGUUGGGGGUCCCUUUUGUCAUCUCAAGAAAACCUCAAGCGCCGUCGCUUCCUCUAGGCCCAUUGAUGUGGGCUUAUGACAUCUUAAGGUACGACUUGCUCCAUGUGCUACCUGCCGGGUACAUCAGGUCUAUGAGGCGCAUUCCCUCAGUGGUAGAACUGGCGCGGUAUGCGGCAUCCAAGUUACCCAAACCUGGUCAUCAAACAAACCCGCUGUAUUGCUACCCACAUGAGUUGUACAACAACAUUACAGAGGUCACAGAUUUUCGUUCGUGGGUAGACGACACGAUUGCAUGUCGGCUCCAGUCACGUGAAACGGAGACACGUCUGCUCUGCUUACCAACGCAACACGACAUCCGGAAUACCAUCAAAAUGAAGUGGGCGGAACACCUUUUGCGCUCGUGUUGGGAUAAGGCCGGACAGAGUAAGGACGGGGUGUCCAAACCCGUGUUCCUUGCGAUGGUUUUUUCCCACGUGUGCGAGGUUAUGCGAUCAGAGUAA